AUGGAUGAUACAAUAUUAAACAUUAUUGAAAAUGACAAUGGAAGUAAUAGAAUAUCUUCUGUCAGUCCAAAUAUACAUGAAAUGACUCUGAAUGGUCUUGUACAUGAAUGGAGUGUUUGCGAUAUAUUUGAUAUAAAUGAAGAAUCUGAGAAAUCAACACCUGCUAACAAUAAUGAAGAUCCAGUAACAAGGAUUAACGAAAAAAAUGUUUCCAAUACUUUGUGCAAAUCCAGCCAAGAAAAUAAUCAGUGGCAAGAUGAAACAUUUAUGAACACGGCAUUUACACAGUUGGUUUCUUCUGAUGGAAAAAAUUAUGCCUUGGAUUAUCCUAUUCAGGGUGCUACUCUAAAGCAUAAAAAUUAUAUUGAAAAAGCAGCUGCUAGUGAAAGUAAAAGAUUGAAGAAAACAGAAGAUUGUACAUUUUAUGGUUUACCAGAUUGUGUAAAGAACCUUUUCCUGCAAAUUAGGGGUAUUGGCAAGCUUUAUAAAUGGCAGGAUGAAUGUUUAAAUUUGGAUGCAAUAAAAAGUAGAAAGAAUUUAAUUUAUGCUCUUCCAACGAGUGGUGGUAAAACAUUGGUUGCAGAGAUAUUAAUGUUGAAAGAACUCAUAUGCAAUAGAAGAAAUGCAAUAUUCAUUCUACCAUUUGUUGCUAUAGUACAAGAAAAAGUUCAAGCAUUGACACCAUUUGCAUUAGAAUUAGGUUUCUUAGUUGAGGAAUAUGCAGCAGCAAAAGGAUGUUAUCCACCGAAAAAACGUCGGAAGAAGAAUAGUAUAUACAUAUGUACCAUAGAGAAGGCAUUAGCUUUAACAUACAGCUUAAUUGAGGAGAAUCGUUUCAAUGAAAUUGGUAUUAUAGUCGUGGAUGAGUUACAUCUUCUUGGUGAAGAUGGUGGAAGGGGUGCUACAUUGGAAGUUUUGUUAACAACAGCAUUAUAUGUUAAUGAAAACGUUCAAAUUGUUGGAAUGAGUGCAACAAUUGGCAACCUGAAUGAAAUAGCAGAAUUCCUGAAUGCAGACUUAUACACUGGAAAUUUUAGGCCUGUUGAAAUUAAGGAAUAUGUCAAGUGUGAUGAUAGUAUUUGGCUGCUUGAUCUGAAAAUAGAGAAUCUUCUAACAGAUCAGAAAAAAAUUAAUUAUCGUUAUUCAAACAAUGCGGCAAUCAUAGAUCCAGAUAGAAUUGGAGGUUUAGUAAUGGAUGUAGUUCCACAGGAUUCCUGUCUCAUAUUUUGUUCUAGUCGCAAGAAUUGCGAAAAUGUCGCUAUACUCCUAACUAAAGUUUUAUUUAAAUCGCUAGUAAAACAUAAAAUUGACGAAAAAGAGAAUUUAUUGAAUGCACUUCAAACUGAGGAAGGCCUUUGUCCUAUUUUACGUCGAACUAUACAAUUUGGCGUAGCUUAUCAUCACUCUGGACUUACAGCCGAGGAAAGACGUUUAUUAGAAGAUGCUUUUAGAGCUGGAAUUCUAUGUGUUAUAUGUUGUACCUCUACACUAGCUGCUGGAGUAAAUUUACCAGCCAGAAGGGUAAUACUAAGAAGUCCGUAUGUGGGCAACCAAUUCUUGACUUUAAGUAGAUACAAACAAAUGAUUGGAAGAGCUGGUCGUGCUGGCAUGGGAAAUAUUGGAGAAAGUAUUCUUAUAUGUAAAAAUAAUGAAUUGUUAAAAGUAAAAGAACUCUUGAGGUCCAAAAUGGAUGACUCCUUAAGUACAUUACACAUAAAUAAGGAUAGAGGCAUAAAUAACUUAAUUUUAAGUGCUACAUUGUUUUCUAUAGCAAACACUAGAUUUGCAUUACAUAAAAUAGCAAGGAGAACUUUACUUAGUACUCAACAGGUACGUUUAAAUGUGAAUGUAAAAAAAAUUGCAGAUGAAGCAGUAACUGGAUUUUUAAAAAGUGGUGUAAUGAAAGUAAAAGAAAAUGGAAGGGGCCAAAAUGUGUUCAGACCAAAUGUAACUGUUGCUAUUCCAUCUCAAGAUGAAUGCUUUAUCGACAAAAUUACAGAAACAAAAGGAAAAAAAACAAUAGCACUAACCACUGAAACUGAGUUAGAACUUUGUAACCUGGGACGUGCAGCUAUGAAAGGUGGCAUGGAUAUGCUGUGUGCAUAUACAUUAUAUGAGGACUUACAAAGAGCACAAAAACAUUUAAUUCUUAUUAAUUGCUUACAUCUUUUAUAUCUUGUUACGCCAUAUGAUAUCAUAUCGCAAAUAAAACCAGUUGGAUGUGUUUAUUAUGAUGUGAUUACGAGUUUGUCCGAGAAUCAAAUGAAAACAGCAAGACUACUUGGAAUUAAUGAAUUAACCGUGGUCAAAAUACGCGAUGGUAUAACACCUAAGAAUGUGGAACCAAGAGUGGUUCAAAGAUUUUAUGCAACAUUAAUAUUGUAUGAUUUGUGGACACAUCAUGCAGUUUACACAAUAGCAGAAAAGUAUCAAGUAAAUAGAGGUAUUAUACAAAAUCUUUUGACCUCAGUCUCGUCAUUUGCAUCUUCUAUAGUUCGAUUUUGCCAGGAACUAGAUGAAUUUUGGGCAUUUCAAAAUUUAAUAAGUAUGUUUACUAAACGGUUAUCUUAUUGUUGUCCUUCGGAACUAGAGGCAUUAAUGGAAUUACCAUUAGUAAAAAUUGGAAGAGCGCGUCAAUUGUACAAUGCAGGCUACAAAACGUUACAAUGUAUAGCCAAAGAGAAGCCUAUGGAUUUGCAAGAAAAAAUUCCAUACUUAAGUAAAAAGGUGGCAACACAAAUCGUUGAAGCUGCUAAACUAUUAAUAUUGGAAAAAGUAGAAGACUUACAAGAUGAAGCAGAAGAUUUUCUAGACGGUAUAGAUAUAAAUACUUUAAAAGGAUUAUCAGUUUUAAAUUUUUAA